GAGAAUUUAUGUGACUUUUAUGAAUAUUUCGAUAUAGCCCAUAUAACUCAGCCAGAAAAGGACAUUGUGGAAUCUCAUAACUGCUCUUCUUCCAGGAGUCCUUCUUAAUUUGCACAACAUGUCUGAUAAGCCAAAAGUGUACCAGGGUGUGCGGGUGAAGACAACCGUUAAACAGUUGCUGCAACAGAAAAGAGCUCUCCAGACAUCAACUAAAACGGUUAGAAUGAAAUCCCAGAGCUUGGUGAGUCAGGAUGUGUGCGUCUCCUCCUCCUUGUCAGGCCAUUACUUUGAUUAUUUCCCUGAAGAGAUGAAUUCCAACUGCAUCUUUCAGCCGCGGGCCAUUCCAGAGAGCAACGUCCAGAUGGACAGCUUCGAUAAUCAACAAUUGAUAAGCAUGAUGAUCCCCAACGAGACCUACAGCAGUGGUAUUCUGCAUCCCGCUACCUCAACAAAUCUUUGGCGCCAGGAAAAUCACUCCCCGAAUAUGGGCUAUUACGGCCAUGGCAUGGCUCCCAGCUCACCGUCAGGUUCCCUGAAUAUGCCAAGUCCGGUCGAUUACAAUAGUUAUUCGCCACAGGAGUCUUACUCUUCAUCGUGUUACAACUCUCCGACGAGGCUGGACUUGAGUUAUGGGUUUGUUCCAGACCACUACCACUACCAGAACUGCAACCUCCAGGAGAGCGUCUCCACUCCAGAAUACGCACCGUAUGGCACAUCAGACUAUGUAUACGCCUCGCCUGCGGAGGACAGCUACUUCAGGCGUGAUUUGUCAAAUUCAGAGCUGUGCUACCUUUGAAAAUGUAUUCGGUCUUUGUUGUCUGUGUAAAUACAGUGUAAUGUACAGUCAAAACAAUGUCUGUAACUCGAAGUCAAACGUUGACACUUGUGGCAUUUGUUUUAAGAUGUAGGCCUGCUUUGCAUUUCAGAGUGUUUGCGGUCGAAGUUUCCUCCGAGUUUCUGUUUUUGAUAUGAUUGGAAUAAUGGUUUUAAAAUUCCCGAGUUUGGAUAAAUGUUGGAUAUGUGUGGGCUUAGUGCUAUCUUCUUAGUUAUUGACUUUGAUAUUUAAGCAAUAAGGCAGGGGGGGGUUAUGGUCAACAUACCACGGCCAAGGGCUGCUCUAACCUCGAUGCAAUGAUGAUGUCAUCCAGUAUAUUUUUUCAGCAUAUUUUUUCUUAUGGAUGCAUUCAUUUUGUAAAUUAUUUGAAAAGCCUACCCAAAGGAAAUUAGCAGCAUCAUCCCCUUCAACUCACUAUUUAGUUUCCCUGUGCAGAUGCACACCGAAGCUUAGUUAGAAACAUUAACUUUAAUAGACCAAUCAUUUUCAAGUUAUUUAAUCAUAUUUACUGCUAAGACACAAAUAAAAAUGUCUAAUAAACCAAGACAAAUUACAAUAGACAGACGAUCAUGAUCUAGAAUUUGUUUUAUAGUGUUUGUCAUUACAAAAAAUAAUCUCAAAACCCACUGACAAACGAAGAAAAACAAAACAAUAAGGUUAACAUUGACCGCUCUGGAUGUGGAAAAAUUAUCUUCCAUUAAGGCAGUUGCAAGUGCACGUCGCAUCAGGUCACAUCCAACUCAAGAGACGCCUGUCUCCACUCUACCCUCCGUGCACACCAUCCUCUGCCUCGGGAUCCAAGUCUCCUCCGAGGCCGAGAUACAGUGGGGUUGAGCAGGGAUAGAAGUAGGCCUGCCUGUCCAAAAUGAUCAUAUUGUUACAUCUCACCAAAAAUUCGCACCAAUAAAAGAUAACUACCUGGA